UCACUUCCUGCCUGCUGCCUGCACGCCUCCUGCUGCCUCUCUGCAACUUUGUUGAGUUUUACUUUUGUGUUUCAGGAUUUUCUUUUGAUCCAGAACACCAGCAUCAUCAUGUCCUCCACACCAGAGAUGAACAUCGGCCAGAAGCUCAACGAGGGGAAGACCAAGCAGAUCUUCGAGCUUGCAGACCAGCCUGGCCUGGUCCUGGUCCAGUCCAAGGACCAGAUCACAGCCGGGAACGCAGUGAGGAAAGACCAGAUGGAGGGCAAGGCUGCCAUCGCCAACAGGACCACCAGCUCUGUGUUCAGGCUGCUGCAGGACUCUGGCAUUAAGACGGCCUUUGUGAAGCAGCACUCUGAGACGGCGUUCGUCGCGGCCCACUGUGAGAUGAUUCCCAUCGAGUGGGUUUGUCGCAGAGUGGCGACCGGAUCCUUCCUGAAGAGGAAUCCGGGGGUCAAGGAGGGCUACCGCUUCUCCCCCCUGAAGAUGGAGAUGUUCUUUAAAGACGACGCCAACAACGACCCCCAGUGGUCGGAGGAGCAGCUGCUGAUGGCGAAGUUCUCUCUGGCCGGCCUCACCAUCGGCCAGUGCGAGGUGGACAUCAUGAACCGCAGCACUGUGGCCAUCUUUGAGAUCCUGGAGAAGUCCUGGGCCACUCAGAACUGCACGCUGGUGGAUAUGAAGAUCGAGUUUGGGGUGAAUGUGAAGACCAAAGAGAUCGUCCUCGCUGACGUGAUCGACAACGACUCGUGGAGGCUGUGGCCGGCUGGAGAUCGGAGCCAGCAGAAGGACAAGCAGGUGUACAGGGACCUUAAAGAAGUUACCCCUGAGGCCAUGCAGGUGGUGAAGAGAAACUUUGAGUGGGUCUCUGAAAGGGUCAAGCUGCUGCUGGAGCACCAGGCCGGCGGCAGGGUGGUGGUUCUGAUGGGCUCCACCUCGGACCUGGCUCACUGUGAAAAAAUCAAGAAGGCCUGCACCUCCUACGGGAUCCCCUGCAUCCUGAGAGUCACCUCUGCUCACAAAGGUCCAGACGAGACGCUCCGCAUCAAAGCCGAAUAUGAAGGUGACGGCGUGCCCACCGUGUUCGUGGCCGUGGCCGGCAGAAGUAACGGCCUCGGCCCGGUGAUGUCCGGAAACACGGCGUACCCCGUCAUCAACUGCCCUCCUCUCACUCCAGACUGGGGGGCUCAAGAUGUCUGGUCUUCUCUGCGUAUGCCGAGUGGUCUCGGCUGCUCCACAAUCCUCUCCCCCGAGGCCGCUGCUCAGUUUGCGGCGCAGAUCUUCGGGCUGACCGAUCACCUGGUUUGGUGCAAACUGAGGGCCUCCAUGCUGAACACCUGGGUGGCUCUCAAGCUGGCGGACCAGAAGCUUCAGGCCUGCAGCCUCUGAAGUGUCAGCGAGCCCAGUGUUCUGGUUUAGGGCUCUGCUCCGUCAGUGUCUUUUUGUUUACCAUAAAAUCUACAUGUACUUUCUCACGCACAGAAAUCAUUCCAUUAAAAUAGAAACUAAUUC